GCCACCGCAUGCUCCCACCCUCCGUGGGGGUUUUCUUUUGCCGUUCUUUCAGACGCCGACAAUUGCCGAGGGACGGAGACAUGGAAGCUGCAUUCCAACUUACGGAGUACAACAACAGAUGCCCUUCGAAUCAUUCAUCGGCUAUAUUCAGAUGGAUAUGGUAUGAUAACACUGCAUCUAUCUUGGCGUUCAAAGGAUUGCUCGUUUUUCCUCCUGUAUGCGGUUGGUCGAGAACGCCGCGGCUUGAAUUGAACGGGAGUGUGUGGGUUCAGGUGGCUUUAACGAGGCUUUGGACUCUUGGAGUACUGUAUAGAGGUGUUGAUGGUUCGCUAAUUGUGAAUUUCUCGGUUACUGUGAUGCCACCUCGCGGCCGAUACUGCAUUUAGUCAAUACCCG